UGUUUAGUGGGUACAGAGUUUUUGUUGGGAUGAUUUUAAAAAGUUUAGUUAUGGAUAGAGGUGAUGUUUACCCAACAUGGUGGAUGUAUUUAAUGCCCCUGAAUCAUAUACUUACACGAGGCUAAACUUAGAAAUAUUAUGCAUGUAUAUUUUACCACAAUUAAAAAAAAUAUUUCUGUGGUGAACUACUUCUGGGUGAUUACAACAAGAAGUCUGAUUUAAAAGCAAGUUGAUGAGUUUAGGCAGGAGGUGAAGACCGUUGGGGUUGAGGAGAUCAAGGAAGGGAGAGGCCAAGGAUUGAAUGGGUCACCCCGCAGGAGCUCUGCGUCCUGCCUUCAUUCUCUCCUCAGGGGGGCAGCACCGCGCCAUCUGCAGGCCCAGCUUGUUGCCUACAUGGAGGGUACAAAUCAGACUGGGAUGAUUCACUUCCACUUCCGCCCCUUCUCCAAACUCCCCGAGGUGCAGAUGCUGAUUUUCGUGGCCUUCCUCGUCAUGUACCUGGUCAGCAUCGGCGGCAACGGCUCCAUUUCUCUCAUCAUCUGGAGCAACCAUUCUUUGCACACCCCCAUGUACUUCUUCCUGGCCAGCUUGGCAGCUCUGGAGAUCUGCUACUCUUCCACCAUUGCCCCUCUGACUCUGGCCAGCGUCCUGUCCGCAGAGAGAGCCCUCAUCUCCCUGCCUGGCUGUGGUGCCCAGAUGUUCUUCUUCAUCUUCCUGGGCAGCGCUGACUGCAUUCUACUAGCUGUCAUGGCCUAUGACAGGUUUGUGGCCAUCUGCCACCCUUUGCGUUACACCCUCAUGAUGAGCUGGCGGUUGUGCGUCCAGCUGGCCCUGGGGUCUCUGGCGCUGGGGUUCAUCUUGGCCACGCAGCUGACUGUGCUCAUCUUCCGCCUCCCCUUCUGCCGCAGCCAAGAAAUCAGCCUGUUCUACUGCGAUGUCCUCCCUGUCAUGAGACUGGCCUGUGCAGAUACGUGGGUCCAUGAGGCCACCCUGUUGGUGGUCAGCCUCACCGUCCUCACCAUCCCCUUCCUGCUUAUCGCCCUCUCCUACGUUUUCAUCAUGGCCGCCAUCCUGAAGAUCCGCUCGGCAGAGGGGAGGCGCAAGGCCUUCUCCACCUGCUCCUCCCACCUGACUGUGGUCCUGCUCCAGUACGGAUGUGGAAGCCUCAUCUACUUGUGCCCCAGCUCCAGGUACUCUCCGGAGAGAGGCCAGGUAGUGUCUGUGGUUUAUACCUUCAUCACCCCUGUGCUGAACCCCUUGAUCUACAGCAUGAGAAACAGAGAGCUUACGGAUGCUUUGAAGAGAACAAUGAUGAGGUUCCUGUUGUCCUGAACACGGUGAACGCUCUGGAUGUUCCUCUACAACACUGCUGGGAAGACACAAAUGAGUAUGCCUUCUGAAAGACAAGGAGAUGGGGGCUAAGAGGUCACCGGUUUUAUGCUGUUCCUUCUUCCCGGUUAUAUUAUUUUUGAAAAGUCAUUUUUCUUUCCUCGGCCUCAGAUCCCUCAUCUCUAAAAUGGGGAUUAAAAUGUCCCACCCGACUUAAAUUCUGGGGUGGUUUUGUAUGUAAUGAGAUACAUGACGUGAAACUACUUAGUGGCUUUUAAAGGGAGAUACGGCAGGAAUGUCGUUCUUACUUACGGUCACCAUUACACGUAAAGUCGGUGUCCAGUUCUCGGGCUCUUUGCAGGCCCACAGGUUGCUCAUGUGGGCGGGGGUAGCGGGGGUAGAGCCAAGAAAAGGAUGCACAUCUGCCUGGGAACAUCGGAGCCACUUUCUCCUUAUGGCAGCAGUGCAAAUGCUGAGUUUGUGCCUUGUUGAAUUCUCUUUCAUCCUCAGUUCUCUUCCAGGGAAAGGUGACGGGGAAAGCGCUGGAGUUUAAACGCUCUAUUUUCUUACUUUUACACCCAGAGCGAAUCUGUCUCCAUCUCAGUCUCUGACUCUGUAUUAGCUCUUAGUCUGCAUCUAACUCACUCUCCCCAUGCCCACAGGGGCUCCUCCCGCUGUGGGUUUCAGACAACACACAUACACACACUCACACUCACAUAUCGCACAUUUCUAUCUGUCCCUGGCUUCUAUGGUCUGAAUAUUUGUGUUCCCCGCCCCCCACA